AUCAAUAAAAAAGAAAAGCUUCACUCUUUUCUUGGGUGACCCGUUUUCUGAGAUCGAUCUCUUUCUCUUUCUCUCUCCCAAAGAUUGCAUCUUUCUUCUCAUCUCUGCUCUCUGUUGGGUCUUGUAUAUUUUGAUAGAUCAUAUCUUUGAUAGAUCGUCAACAAUUGUUGUGGUGUUCUUAUCUGAAAAAGGCAGUACAUUUGAUUGAGGAUCUGGAUUAGCUGUUGAAACUUGGGUUAUAGUGGGUUUGGGGUGCUGAGGGGAAGUCUUGCUUAUUUUACCAACACUUGUGCAAAGCAUAAUCCUUGAGGUAGGUUAGCUUCUCAUAUAAGAUGUUGGGGGGCAACAAUGCUAACUCCAUGCUACCUGUUUUCGUGGAUGAAAACCGCUUCCCCUAUCCACCAAAUGCUGCAAAUCAGCUGCAAUUGUUUGGAAAUGUAUCAGCUGGAUGUAAUGUUGAUCCAGUGAAUUAUUUUGGAACUGAGCAUAUCACACCCAUGCUUCGGCCUAAUAAACGAACCAGGGAAGUUGAAGAUAUCUCAAGACAGCAGAAGCUUCAAAUUUCUUUGAACUAUAAUGUUUGUCAAGAUGAAGCUGAUCGCUCAGUUAGCAUUCCAAACCCGAACCAUGUAUCAACAGGUUUAAGACUAUCUUAUGAUGAUGAUGAGCGAAACUCAUCUGUUACCUCUGCCAGUGGAAGUAUGACAGCAGCACCGUCGAUGAUACUAUCCCUAGGGGACAAUAUUAGGACCGAGCUUGAUCGGCAAAAGGAAGAAUUUGAUCAGUACAUCAAAAUUCAGGAGGAACACAUGGCAAAGGGGGUAAGAGACAUGAAGCAGAGACAUAUGGCUUCUUUCCUUACUGCUAUAGAGAAAGGUGUAGACAAAAAGCUACGGGAGAAAGACUUAGAGAUUGAGACCAUGAACCGUAAGAACCGAGAAUUGGUUGAUAGAAUAAGACAGGUAGCUGUCGAAGCCCAGAAUUGGCAUUACAGAGCCAAGUACAAUGAGUCGGUUGUUAAUGUCCUGAAGAGCAACCUCCAGCAAGCAAUUUCACAGGGUGCUGACCUAGGGAAGGAGGGUUUUGGAGACAGUGAAGUUGAUGACACUGCCUCAUACAUUGAUCCAAAUAACUACCUCGCUGUUCAAGGUGUGCCAGCGAAGUCUGUGUCGAAGAAUUACCUAGGUUUGAAGGAGCAAAUGGAUUGCAGAGCAUGCAAAGCAUGCCGAGCAAAGGAGGUGUCUAUCUUGUUGAUGCCCUGUAGGCACCUCUGUUUAUGUAAGGACUGUGAUGAGUUCAUCAGUGUUUGCCCCGUAUGCGAGUCAAUGAAAACGGCUAGUUUCCAAGUGUACUUGUCGUAAAUUAUUGAAGCCAGCAAAGUAACAUGAUAAAUCAUUGGCACUGUUGAUAUAUAAUGUGUGUGAUCUUGUACUGUUUACUUGAAAUCAAAAAAUUGUAUCCGGAGUAUCCUAGUUGUCUUCAUGAAAUGAGCAUAUAAACAGUUACUUUAUUACAGUGUGGUGACUUUAUCC